GCAUUUGAUGACCAGAAAAAUAGAAAUGAAAUUAUCUGUGGGUCAGCAAGAGGCAUUUGAAAUCUUUUUGAGAGACCAUGAAGAUCGUUUACUAAUUGAAAACAACAGAGCUGUUUUGCAACAAAGGUUUGUUGAAGCAAAAACCCUUGGUGAGCAAGUUAACCAGAUUAGGAUCAGAGUCAAUGAACUGAAGUCCCAGCUGAAAAUUAGACGAAAGCAAAUAGCAGCCCAAGGCUUAACAGAAAACCAAACAGCAUCAGAGUCAGACUAUGUUGAGGAAAGAAUUCUUAACCAGAUAGAAGAGGAAAAGAAAAGUUAUGAGAUCAAAUCUGGGUGUUUAAAAGGGUUGAAGACAGAAAUUGAACAUCUACAGCUGUUGCAUGGAAAGUUGAAAGUGAAACUUCAAAAGGACUUUGAGAAAUGGUGGACCCAGGAAGGCGCUAGGCUACAGGGUCACAGUGCAGAGAACACAGAAAGCAGUCCCGACAGCCCUCUCAGCUGCUUGUUAACCAGAGCCUUGCCCCCAGCUGAAUACUCAUCUCCCUCUAUUCCUUUAACUGGACAUAAAGAGACUGAUGCUGAUAUACAGGCCUUUAUCAGAGCCAGACACAACCUGGUCAACAACACAGGAGCGGCAAAAUAAGAACAUUUCUAAUUAAGAACAGAGGAGGACAAAAA